AUGAUUGAGGAAGUCAGACCAAGAGGUGCUUCCACCAUGGACUCUUAUUGCUGGGAUUUAGCCAAAAAUGGGCAUUACACGGUCAAGUCCGGGUAUUGGGUGGCAGCCAAUAUCGUCCUCAAAAAGCAGAAUCUUCAAGAGCUCAACCAGCCCAGCUUAGACCCGCUAUACCAAUUUAUCUGGAAUUUGGACACAAGUCCAAAGGAUGAAAGUGUCAAUCACUUAUUAUUCCAGUGUCCUUUUGCCAGACUAGUCUGGACGAUCUCUCCUAUUUCUGAACCACCUGAUGCAGCUACGCACAAUACUCUCUUCACCAAUCUCUACCGAGCUUUAACGGUUAUCAAUAAGGCAAAAGAAGACUCUGAGGAAUGGGCUCAAAGAAAAGAGGUGAUUAAGCUUACUGUGAAACCUCUCUCUGCUUCGGUGUCACGAUCCUCUUGGAGACCUCCCCCAGAUGGCUGGUUGAAAUGUAAUGUUGAUGGAGCAAGAGAUGAUAAUCAUCGCCGAAGCGGUAUUGGUUGGAUUCUAAGAGAUAGCAACGGGGAAGCUUUAUGGGCUGGAACUAAGUCAUUACCUUUGCUGAAAUCAGUGAUUGAUACAGAAGCUGAAGCUCUGCGCUGGGCCAUGGUCUGUAUCUCAAAUUUAAGCUACAAGAAUGUUUUUUUUGAGUCUGAUUCGAAGACGUUGGUGGAUGCUCUAAAAGAUGAGACACCAUGGCCGAUCAUUAGCAGCUACCAUCAGGACAUACAGCUGAUCCUUAGUUCCCCGUAUGCAUUUAGGAUUUGCUUUUAUCCUAGAGAUGGAAAUCGUGUGGCUGAUAGAAUGGCAAAGGAAGCUUUUUCACUGUUGAAUCAUGCAUCCAAAUUGUUUUCUAUCAUGCCUGAUUGUGUUCUAUCUUUUAUUGAGGAAGAAAAACAGAGUUGUAAUUGA